AUGACUGGUUCUGGUUCUGGUUCUCCUUGUGGAGCUUGCAAAUUCCUUAGGAGGAAAUGUGUGAAGGGAUGCGUGUUUGCGCCUUACUUCUGCCACGAACAAGGAGUUUCGCAUUUUGCGGCCAUUCACAAGGUCUUUGGAGCGAGCAAUGCCUCUAAAUUGCUCUCUCAUCUUCCGACCAGCGAUCGUUGUGAAGCCGCCAUUACUAUCUCUUACGAAGCUCAAGCUCGGCUCCAAGACCCCGUCUAUGGCUGCGUUUCUCAUAUCUUUGCCCUCCAACAACAGGUUGUUAAUCUUCAAACCCAGCUUGCUAUUCUCAAGCAACAAGCCGCACGAAGCAUGAUCAAUACUCCUUCUCCUUCAUCAGAAAACCCUAGCUGCUACUAUGGAAACCCUAGACCUCCUUAUCAUCAAGAACACCAAGAUCUUCAUCAAGCCCAUCACUUGAUCCACCAAACCGGAAACACGAACCAGUUCAAUCUAUGCCCUACGGACAAGAAUACGUUGCCUUACCAUCAAACCGGGUUAGUGGACGCGGAUCUCAGCAGCAGCAACAACAACAACAGCAUGGCGAAUUACUACAACGAGAAUAACUCGACCGGGGAAGACCAUGCUUCCUUCUCGAGUUUCGGUGAAUCUUCCAACUACUCAGACAUGGAACAACAAUGGAACGCUUUCCAAGACGCCGAAGACCUUCAAUCUGCGGCUUUUGGGUACUUCUCGUACUCGUGAUGGUUCCAUGGAGAACGUUUGGUCCCCCUCGAGAUGGAUAUACAUACACAACUAUAUGUCAAGACUUUUUGAUGGAUUUGGUUUUGAUGUUACCUGGCUCGAAGAUCCAGCUCUGUUUUCAUAAAUAAAAAGCUGGAUGAGAUGC